AUGACCAAGGGAACUUCCAGCUUCGGCAAGCGCCACAACAAGACGCACACCCUGUGCCGACGAUGUGGCCGCCGCUCUCUUCACAUCCAGAAGCACACCUGCGCUUCUUGCGGAUACCCCGCUGCUAAGACCCGAAAGUACAACUGGGGCGAGAAGGCCAAGCGCAGAAAGACCGUCGGUACUGGCCGCAUGCGAUACCUCAAGGACGUCUCCCGCCGCUUCAAGAACGGAUUCCAGACUGGUGUGCCCAAGGACUCGCGAGGCCCUGGCUCGCUGAAGGCAUAA